AUGAACUCUUCACAUCAUGCAUUGCACAGCAACUCUGAGCAUCAGAAAUAUGCUUCAUUUGUUCAUAGUCGCAAACGGACAUGGAGUAUCUCGCGCUCUUCCAUGAACUCCCAGUCGUCUACUUCAUCAAGGUUUCCCAAAAAGCUCUACGAACCAUCCUCUGCUGAGGCCGUUCAAGGCGACCUCCAAGCUUAUGGUUCAUUUACCACUACCGUACCAGCGGUCUUAUGGCUCCGCUCGUCUUUCUCUGUCCCUUCCAAAUCACGCGGGAAGCAACCGGACACGGAGUGGGCAAACGAAUACAACUUUGAACCCCCCGAUCUACCUCGAUCACGGUCUCGUUCACCUCAUCGCCCAUCUAUAAGUCGCACUUCAUCUAUGAACUCAAGCUUGGGUUCACACCCCAUCGGUGUUUCAUCCUCACAUGAUUCCCCGCCUGCAUCACCUCUUGGGGACAAUGUCUCUACACUCUGUCCUAUUCUUGAAGCUAUCGAGAAUGCCUCAAAACUAUCGUGUCGUACUAUAUGCGUCGCCUGUUUGAAAACAGGUAGGGACUUCCCGCGCUGCCCCCGGUGUGGAGAUAUGUGGUGCUCUAGGGAAUGUAGGAUGCAGGGGGGGAAGAGACACGUUUGCAAAACGUGA